UAAAUUGGAUAAUAUGUUUUUCGCCUAACGGGUUCGUCUUCCGUCCGGAGAUGCGACGGCGGUGGAUUGAAUGAUGCUGAGACUGAGAGUGAAUCCCGCCGUGUGGUGCUCUGUUCCGAUUUCGCAUUUCACCUCUCUUCCCCUUUCACCCUCGAUUCUCAGACCUCUCCUCCGCCCCCACAACCCUCGUCUCUUCUUCACCCGAUUCUCCGCUUCCUCUGCCGUGCAGCAUAAUACCUCCCAAUCUUCUUUACCCAAACCCCUCUCCGAUGCCGACUUCCUCCCUUUCCUCUCAUGUUCGAUGCCUACUUAUCCCCUCAAAGUCGCCGUUCUUCUCAGCGGCGGCGUCGAUAGUAGCGUCGCACUCCGCCUUCUCCACGCUGCUGGCCACUCCUGCACUGCCUUCUACCUCAAAAUCUGGUUCCAGGAAGACUUCGAGAAUUUUUGGUCAGAAUGUCCAUGGGACGAUGAUUUGAAGUAUGCUAAAGCUGUUUGUGAUCAGAUUGAUGUACCGUUGGAAGUAGUUCAUUUGACAGAGGAAUAUUGGAGGAACGUGGUUUCUUAUAUAAUUGAAGAAUAUCGAUGUGGCCGUACUCCAAACCCCGAUGUCCUUUGUAACACAAGAAUAAAGUUUGGAGCAUUCAUGGAUGCGAUAAGCAAUAUGGAGUUCGAUUAUGUUGCUUCAGGGCAUUAUGCGAAUGUUAUUCACCCAUCUGCGGAUCAAAUGGAUAAACCUUCUGUUUUAGAACUGUCCAAGGAUAUGGUCAAGGAUCAAACGUAUUUUCUAUCACAUCUCUCGCAGAAUCAACUUAAACGGCUUUUGUUCCCUCUCGGUUGUAUUCCAAAGACUUCAGGGUGUAUUCCGAGAUGUUCAAGUUCAACUAUUGUAAAUUUGUACAAUUUGGAUGAGGUUCGCAAGCUUGCUGCAAAAUUCAACCUACCAAACAAAGACAGAAAGGAUUCACAAGGAAUAUGUUUCCUUGGGAAGAUAAAAUUUAGUGAAUUUGUUGCAAGACAUAUUGGGGAGGAUGAAGGUGUGAUAUUAGAGGCAGAGUCGGGAGAUUUCCUUGGCAAACAUCGAGGAUUUUGGUUCUACACGAUGGGCCAACGCCAAGGUCUAAGACUUCCUGGAGGACCUUGGUAUGUCGUGGAAAAAGAUAUAAAGAACAAUGUAGUAUUUGUGUCGAGAAACUAUUUCUCAUUUGACAAAAGAAGGCGGGUGUUUCGUGUUGGAUCUCUAAAAUGGCUUAGUGGUAUGCCUCCAGACCAAUUUACUGGGCUUCAAUGUAAGGUCCGACAUGGCCCGGGUUUCUAUAGUUGCAAUUUGACAAUGGAACACAAUGAGGAUGGUCAUGAAGAUGUUGCAGUCGUCCACCUAAGCGAAGACGACCAAGGCCUCGCAGCAGGCCAGUUUGCCGCCUUUUAUAAGGGAAGGAGCUGCAUUGGGUCAGGUGUGAUUUUAGAAUCAUGGGAUGAUCAAGGGUUUCCUGUAUGUCAAAAGGCUAUUGAAAAUGCACAAAUGGAAGAUAAAUCGAAACUUGGCAAACCAAUAAAGAUAAAAGUGAAACCAGACAGUGGUAUGAACGAAUCUAAAGCCAAAGAUGAUACAAAAAUACAAGACGAGUCAAGGAACGAAGAAGCCACUGUGGUUGAGCAAAUGAGAAAAGUAUCUCCAGAUGAAGCAAUGGCCACAACCCCUAUGAAAUGGCUUGGAAGCCUUAGGAAGAAGUUGCUGCAGAUAUUUUAGGAGAAGUAUAUUUUGAGUGGACUAUCACAUAAUUGCAUGUUUGUAAUGGAGCAUAUAUCAUGGAUAAAAUAGUUAAGAUGUAAGAACUUUUAAAAUUAGAGGUCUAAAUUGAAAUCACGAGGUUUACCGAUCUGUAA